AAUCCCCUUCAAACAUAACCCCAUCUUCGCCUUCGCCUAUACCAUAACAUUUUUUCUCACUCCUCCCACUUAUUACUGUCAUUUCUAAUUUCUCUCUCCUUCUGUGUUGCUUUCUAGGAAAAAAUGAGCCCAAGAAAAUGGUCAAGACAUGUGAGAGGAAGGAAGAGAAGGGCCAAACUGUGUUUGCCUAAUAAUGGUGUCAAAGUUAAACCUUGCUUGCAGAAGAAGCUUAGGGAGCUUCAGGGAGCAGUUCCAGGGAGUGAGGAAAUCGACAUGCAAAACUUCUUCCAAAACAUUCAACACUACAUACUUCAACUUGAAGCUAAAGUCACAGUCCUAAGGUGCUUGUCCAAUUUCUAUGGAGUAUAAACAAGGACAAACCAACAACACCCAUUUCGUAGACUCCUAAGAACUCAACCUAUUAAAAAAAAGAAAAAAAACUUCUUCUGGAGGCUCUGAACAAAGGUUCAAGGUACCGGUCUUCUUUCCUUUGGGUGUGGAGGGAGGAAUAAGGUUGUAUUUUAUUUCAAUUUUAUAAUAAAAUAGGACUACCCUUUUAUUGCUUCUUCUGCCAUUUUAUUUAAGACAAAAUGUAAAAUAAUUUUAUACUAUCAUUUAUGUUAUUUAAUAUAAUGUAUGCUAAGUUUAUUAGUUUUACGUUUACUUA